AGGCGUAGGUCUUCAUAAGGCAUGUAGUAUUGUCGGUUGUCGAAUCGUCUAUGUAAUAUUUCCUAUAUCAUAAUUGUAAGAUCUUAAUAAAUCAGCGUUAAAAAAAAAAAAAUUUUACUUCACCAUACACACAUUUAAAACAAAGCCUGGCAGUAAUUUCACACAGACAACACUCCAAUACACAUUUUGGGAAAUGAAGAAGGCAUUACAAACCCAAACUAAUGAACUAUAAUUAGAAUCUACCAUUUUUCCACCCAAUAUAUAAUUGGUAGCGUUAGAUAGCACCUCUUCUUUUCACAACCAAUCUUCUUGUAACAACACCAACAAUACUCACUCUCUCUCUCUCUCUCUCUCUCUCUCUCCAAAAAACUCCAUUUCUCAGCAAAUCCAAAUCAACACAAACCCUAAUUUAGUCCCCUUAAAUUUCUUCAACUUCUCGGCCGUUUCGUCAAUGUGGCGGCCGUGGCGCAAAUCGUCGGUUAAGAUUCACGACACCUACUCUCCCACCGCCACCUCCACCGCCUCCUCCUUCUCUUUCAAAGACAUUCACCACCUCUGCACCGACGAUUCCUCUUCCUUACCUUCUUCUCCUUACAAUUCUUCUUCUCCCUCACGUAACCGCGUCUCCCGAGUUUUCCACCGAGUAUGCGCGUCCAACUUGAUCCUCCGAUCCUGGCCAACUCGUCCGUCUAACCAGCUCCUCCGCCGCAACCCGCAAUCCAAAGCCGAGCCAGAUGUCGAACGGAUUUCUCUCCCUGGCGCCGAGAGCAGCAUCGUCGUCUACUUCACCAGCCUCCGCGUGGUUCGUACUACGUUCGAAGAAUGCCGAGCCGUCACAGCGAUCCUCCGUAGCUUCCCCGUGAGAAUCGACGAGCGAGAUCUCUCGAUGGACGCGUCAUUCGCGGCGGAGCUGGAGCGGAUCUUCGAUGGCGACAAGAAGGAUCUCCAGAGCAAGACGAAGCUGCCGCGCGUGUUUAUCGGCGGACGGUACGUCGGAGGAGCGGAGGAGGUGAAACAGCUUCAUGAAAUCGGAGAGCUGAAGAAGCUCGUGCAAGAGUUGCCGAGGACGGAGCCACGUGUGUGUGAGAUGUGCGGCGGUCACAGGUUCGUGCCGUGCAACGUGUGUCACGGUAGCCAUAAGGUGCACACGGAGAAGCUAGUAGGGUUCAGAACAUGCUCGACUUGCAAUGAGAACGGGCUCGUUAGGUGUUCCUCUUGUUUCUUCGUUUCCGCAUCUCACGCCUAACUCCUAGAUUUUUUUGUUCUUAAAAGUUAUUUUUUUUUGUUCUAAUUCUACUCGAUAACUGGAAUAAUUAAAAAUAUACUAUAUGUUUUCAGAAGUUUCCGAUCUGUAGAAAAAAGUAGGAGUUAUUCAUGAGAGUGGUUCUUCAUGCAGUUGAAGGUUGUUAUUGGUGAUGAUUCAUAUCACAUACAAACCUUUAAAUGACUCAAUUUUUUUUUUUUUUUGCGAAUUGCAACAAUAAAAUAUUUUUCAGUAAUUCAUUUAUUAUUUAAAUACGAAUAUUAUUUUUCCAGAACCUCCGUAUGAAAUAUGGUUGCUCUUAUAGAAUAGUUCGUAAUGUUGUAGAAUAUGCCCAAUUGACGUAUAUGUUUACCAUGCUUCAAAAGCAUAUCACUUCUAUAUUCGAAUUCAGCGCAACGUCUGGCUUAAACAAAUCAGAAAAAUAGCAUGCAUCAUAAACGUGUGAUGGAUUACAGACAUCUCAUAACACUUUCACCAUCGACCUACAGAAACCAAAUUGUAAGGACAUACGUAUAUAAGAAUGUAAAAAACCUUGAGCUACAAGUCUCCAGGCUGAACCACGCCAAACCAAAUUAAAGCGAGUCUCUGGGAGGCUGAGGAUCAGGCAAGCCCUGGAUAAUGCCACAACGGAGACCGUUUGCUGGAAAGCUGUACUCAUCCCUCUGGGAUAGUUCUGGCGGGCCGACAUUAACAUAAAGCUGUUGACCUAAGUAACGUUUCUCGAGAAUCUCAGACCGAAUAUUCCACAUGCCACAGUUGUCGAAAGUCAAUAAGAUGGCUCCCCAACAUUUGGGAUAAACUUGGAUUGUGUGUCGGUAUACUGCGUCUAAUAGAUUAUAGUUCUUCGCCGGCGUCCACUUCCCUGGCUCAACCCUAGACACACACAUUAGUCCUCUUUGAACCAAAUGUUCUCACCAAAACUAAUUAACUUGCAAAUGUUAGUCCAAAUUCGCUACGUUUUCAAUUUUGUCAUAUCAUAUACUGAAACAGAUUCUAAAAUAUGAAAUUUCUGCAGAAUAUAUAUAUAUAUGUGUGUGUGUAUGUUCUUUAACAUAAAUUAUAAUUUCUGUCAUAUUCUAUAUUAGAAGCAAUAAGAAUGGUACAGUUUUAUAUGUCAUAUUCUAUAUUAGAAGCAAGAAGAAUGAUAGUCGUAUUUUACCCAAAAAAAUGAUAUAUAGUCGUACACGUGUUACUUGCGGUUUAUAUUUUAAAAUGAUGAAUAUUGUGUAAAUUUAGAUAUAUGAUCAUGUACUUAAAUCUGUAUAUACUAUCUGAAGUUUUACCUAAUAUGACAAUUAUAAUCAAUUCAGAACAAGAAACGAGACGCUUUCUCUUUCUCUCCAACUUUCCUCUCGAAACUCAAAACAAAAUCUGAUAAAGCUCCGGCGUCCGGCUAGCGCGUGAGCGCCACCACCGGCGCCGGAGGCUCCCUUCUCUCUAUACCUCGGUUUUUCCCUUUGCUUCUCCACCGGUUUGUUCUUCUCCCAUCCGAUAUGCUUCAGAAACUGGUUUUGGGUUUUGUUCCCGGUGAAGGCCUUACUCGAGAGAGGUUCGAUAUGGUGAUGUUCCGCUUUAUCUGGUCUCUUGGCGAGGUUGUGUAGUGAUUUCAGGUGGUUUGGAGCCGGCUUUUAGGGUUUAAUGGAGGAGAUCUGAUUUUUCCCACUUUCAGAUUUGCUCUCGGUGCUCAUCGUCCUUGGCGGAGGAGUGAAGGUUUGGCUUCCCUGGUUUGAGGUUCAUUGUAAUCUCUGGCCGGUGGUGUCGUUCGGUAUCGUCGGUGGACAUAACUUCUCUCCUCGGUGUCUUGGAGUUUGGGUGUCUAGUCGGCGGUGUCUAGUGAACUCCGGAGGAUCCUUCUACCUCGGAGCCGUGUCUUGAGUUUGGGCUACGCAGGCGGAGAUGGUGGCUCGACUCUGUUCCGGCACGUCGGGGUUACGAGAACAGCUUUAAAUGUAGUCGUCUAUGGCUCUUCGGCGGCUGUUCGUCGACCCUCUUCGCUAUGGACCUCCGCUGCUUUGUCUCUCUAUGGUUCUUCGGGUUGGUGAUGGCGGUCUUCCUCUCGAAGUUUGUCUCUCGGUUCACAUUGCUUCCUCUUCCCUGUUGGCACCAGGAAGAGGCUUAACAAGCACGGUCUUCUGCUUCUCGGUUCUCGACAAGCAGCAAAUGUCAAUGCGAAUUGAGCUUUUGGUCUUCAUUGGUCGUUUGCUCUUUGGCGCUUGGUGUCAACAUUUGGCUGAUUCACAUAUCCCAGUGUCAAAGGUGGUCACUUGAACAGCUUUGGUAGUGUGAUAAGCAUUUUUCGUGCAGGUUGGGAGGCUUUCUAUAUGGAGUUUGGUGGUGAGCACAAGCCCGAUUCUUGCAUUGUUCGGCGUUUGAGGUAAUUUUUCCUUGUAUGUCUUGCGCUUCAUCGACAAAGAAGAAUGCAAAUCCGACAAGAUCACUGAUUAUCAGCUCCUUCAGGCGACGUCUCGGGGACUCCGGCAUCCGAGAGGUAAAACCCACUUCCCCGGGAUUAACGUCAAUAGAAGAGAACGGUCAUCGGUAGUUUAGUGAUUACUAAGCUAUUUAGCAGAACGCGUCGGUUUAGUGGUGGUGCGAAACUAUAUUAGCAAACGUAUUGAUCUAGAUUGUUUUGUUCGAGUCCGGUUUGUAUUUCGACUUUGACGCCCUUUCGGGUUGAUUAAAAAAAAAAAAAAAAAAAAAAAAAAAGUGUUACCUAAUAUGCAUUUGAUAAAAAAACAUUUUCAAAAUUGUGUGUGUGUGUGCGCGCGCGGGGGAGAGAUAGUAGAUAUAUAUACUUAGACCAUCUUUAACGGUGAUCCUUAAUGGGAUCCUUAAGCUAAUUUGGUGAUUUAUUUAAAUGAAAACAAAAUUAAAGGGGGAAAGUCGAUCCUUAAUAGGUAGUUUUUGUGACCGAUUAUUAUGGACGGUUUUGAGGAACCGUGUGGAGGCCACCAUGUAAUGGUCUUUAGGUUCUUGAUCAGCGGUCACAAGAACACCAAAACACUGACCAACAUGAAGAUCAAGUGAGUCAUAUAAGUUUUGCAGAGUGUGAGAUCCUUCUAAUUCCACAAGCGUUAAACAUUCUCAAAUCUAUCUGUAGACUGUAGAUACUUUUCUUGUAACCUAACUUGCUACACAAGAAACUAAUAUAUAUCAAUACCGGACUCGUGCAAGAAACAAUAUAUAAAUAUGCUUUUGCUCACCACGUGAAGAGGAAAGGCUCGUCGAGAUUGUUGAUGACAUUAAUGACGAUGUUAUUGUUGGUAGUUGUGUUAAGAUUGGGGCCGGGAAAUUUAUCGUGAUCAUAAUAGCUUUCUGAGGACCUGGGCGGAACUUCUUUCAUGGAUCAGAAACGCAGGAACUGCGGACCUGAAGCUCCUGCGUAAAGUCGCAACACAAGCCGCAGUCUUUCAUCUCUGGAAGCAACGGAACAACGUCGUGCACAACCACAUCUCCAUCCCUGCAGCUGCAGUCUUCGCUGGGCUAGACAGAGAAGUGAGAAACAUCAUAUCUGCCAGACUGCCAAGAGAAAGCGCAAACAGUUUAGCUCACUCAUGUCUCUUUGGCUGAGAUAAUUAACCAGUUGAUAUAUUCCUUGUUCCAGCUUAUUUUUUCUUCUUUUUUGCCAAGUUGGAUCUAACCUAAGAUUAGUAUGUACAAUCUUCUUUUCAUUAAUAUGAAAUUUACAGUUUAGCAAAAAAAAAAAAAGCUUUCUGAGGAAUUCUGAGGGGUGAAAUCGUGCCAUACAUUACUUUCCACGUAAAAAAUAAGUAAGGAUCCUCAGCCUUUAUUACAGUCGUUAAAACAGUAAGUAAAAAUCCUAGGAUCACACUCUUUCUUACCAUCUCUCGCUUUAAAUUCUUUUUAAUGGUACAAACUUGAAGAAAUUAACUCUACUUUUCUUUAAAAGGAGACUACUUCUGGUUUCUUUGAUAAAUGUUUAAAGAUCAAUAUAUACAUGAUAGAGAUGAAAAAAUUCGGACAAAUAAAGCUAAGUUUGUGAAGGGCCGUGUGUUCUCUAGUUUACAACAAAGAUUUGUGUUCUCUAUUUUGUAAAAAAAAAACAUAUCGUUAACUAAUCUAAACUUAAAAUAUCAACUCUAAACCCUAAACCUUUAAAUCUAAACCUUAAAAUAUCAACUCUAAACUCUAAACCCUAAAUCCUAAAUCUAAACUUAAAAAAUUAACUCUAAACCCUAAAUCAUCAACUCUAAACCCUAAACCAUGAAACAUCAACUCUAAACCCUAAACCCCGAAACAUCAACUCUAAACCCUAAACCUUCAAAUCUAAACCCUAAAACAUGAACUCUAAACCCUAAACGUAAACCCUAAACCCAACCCUAAAUCUAAACUUAAAACAUCAACUCUAAACCCUAAAUCAUCAACUCUAAACCCUAAACCAUGAAACAUCAACUCUGAACCUUAAAUAGUAUAAUUCAAAAAAAUUUCGAAAUAAUAUAAUUCAAAAAAAAUUAAAAAUAUAUUUUUUUCUUUUUAAAGAUUUUUUAUUUAUUUAAAUAUUUAUUUAUUAUAUAUAUAAAAAACAAAGGUAUAAGAGUCUUUUGCCACUUAAUAAAGAAUGAAUUUUUGAAAAUGUCUAUUUAGUGAUGGUAAAGAUCAAAAGUGGUGGUAUGAAAGUGGUAAACAUAAAAUUUCUCCAUGUUAAAAUUACAUCAAAUUUGGUGUUUUGGUGUUAUUUUUUUUUAUCAUUUCCAACUAUAACACCAAAUCUUACACAAAAGUAAUAUUACAUAUUAUUUAAUGUUUUCAUUUUUAAUAAUUUUUAUAUUUUAUAUUUGUAAUUAAUAAAUAUUUUUGUAAUUUAUAUUUUUAAAAUUUAUUUACAUUUAUAGUUUUCAGUUUAUAAAUAUUAUACCUUUUAUGUAUUUAUUUAUAUAAAUAUUCUAAUAAAAAUUUAAAACUAUUAAUUAUGAAAAACACAUAACAAAAUAUCUAUACUAUUAAAAAAGCAUUCUUAAAAAUCUACUUUAAAAUGUUGUUAAACCUAUUUAUUAGAAAGUUAACAAAUUAAAGAAAAUAUAAAUAUACGUGACUAUUAAUAUGCAGUUAUUAAUAUUAAAGCUACUGUUGUUUUAUUCUAUUUUUGUGGACAAUUGUACCUAACUUAUACUUCUAUUUAAUUAAAUAUAAUUAUAAUUUAUUUUAUUUUUUACUAAGCCCAUCUAUCUAACCAGAUAUAUGUGAUUUACGACAUAUGUUGAUGGAAUUUUUAACUUUUUACUAAACUUAUUUUUUAAUAAAAAUCUACCAAACAAACAUAAAAGCUUGGUAUAUCACAUGUUAUGACAUUUUGUUGCAAUUAAGAUAAAAAAAUUGAUCGAAACAGUAUAAUAUAAAACUAUAAACCAUUUUGUCUAUGUCAUGAAAAUUAGCCAACAUUGGUCAAAGCAAUUAAUUUAUAAUCUUUAUAAUCUUUAUAGCAGAGUUUUCAUAAAAGUUAUACUAUACUAGAUCUUUUUUUUCCGCGCUUCGCGCGGAUAAUUGCUUUCUAUAUGUAAUUGUUGAUUUUUUAUAUGAAUAUCAAAUAUUAUAGACUAUAGUUGCUUUUUAUAUUUAAUUGUUGAUUUUGUUGUAUUAUUUUUAUAUAAUCUCUUGUUAUAUUUAAUUGUUGAUUUUGUUUUAUAUUGAAAGUAUUUAAAUUCAAAGAAAGUGUUUUUUCUUGUUUUCUCUCGUUUAAAGGGUUUUCAUAGUUUUAUUUCAAAACACUUUUGAUGAAUUGUAAUAGAUAAGUUUUUAUUUUUGUGGUAUUGGACUUUUAAUAAGCUAAGGUGGAUCAAUAUAUAAUUAAAUGUAAGAAAUAGUAGUGUACAUAAUUUUUUUAUAACGACUAAUUUUAUUAAACUUAGGUGGAGUUUACAUAAUCCUUCAUGAAGAGGAUGAACAAUUAAAGUAAGUACAUUGUAAUAACAUACAAAUAAAUUGUCAUUCGGAAUUCUAGCUUUAGACAAAAGAUCCACCACCUAAUUUGUCUUUCUUCGCGUCCAAGUAAAUGAGAUAUCUUCAAAUCUUUGCACCCACCAGCAUUUUUCCAUGAUCCAGUUAUAAGCUCCAAAGUGAAGAUUACCACUCUUUAUAACAUAAUAUGAAGUCAGUAGCUAAGGUGUAACAUAAUAUGAAGUUCGUAGCUUAUAACCUAUUAAUAGGCUUGUGGUUAAAAAAACAUAAUAAUAAGCUAAGGUAGAUCAAUAGCUAGUUAAGAAGUUCGAAGCUUUUGUUCGUGCAUUUAAAAGCAAAUAAUUAUUUUAAUCCAUAAAUCUCGAAUCAAAGCAACAUAUUUUUGUAUCUCUUACCAAUCUUUUCAAGUUGUAAAGCCAUUGUAUAUAUAUAUAUAUAUACUUUUAACUAUCUUCUUAACUCUUAUCAGAAUUUUGGGUUUCUUCUAUGAUUUUCAUCAAUGAAGUAAUGUUUG